AUGGGAGAGAUGCCAUAUCAUUGUGAUAUCUGUGGUAAAUCAUUCUCUCAAAGAAGUAACUUGACUGUUCACAGACGUAUUCAUACGGGUGAGAAGCCAUAUCAUUGUGAUGUCUGUGGAAAAUCAUUUUCUCGGAGAAAUCACUUGUCUGUUCACAAACAUACACAUACAGGAGAAAAACCGUGUCAUUGCGAUACCUGUGGUAAAUCAUUCUCUUGUAAUAGUCAGUUGACUACUCAUAGAUGUAUUCAUACUGGUGAAAAACCAUAUCCCUGCGAUUUAUGUGGUAAAUCAUUUUCUCAAACUCAUGCUUUAACUAGACACAAACGUGUUCAUACAGGUGAGAAGCCAUAUCAUUGUGAUAUCUGUGGGAAAUCAUUCUCUGCAAACGGUAGCUUGACGAUUCACAAGCGUGUUCAUACUGGGGAAAAACCAUAUCACUGUGAUAUCUGUGGUAGAUCAUUUUCUGGAAGUAAUGACUUGACUAAACACCAGCGCAUUCAUACAGGAGAUAAACCAUAUCGUUGUGAUAUCUGUGGCAAAUCCUUUUCUCUAAAUAGCGCUUUAACUAGUCACAAAUAUAUACAUACGGGAGAGAUGCCAUAUCGUUGUGAUAUCUGUGGUAAAUCAUUCUCUGGAAAUAGUCAAUUGACUAGUCACAGACGUAUUCACACAGGUGAGAAACCAUAUCGCUGUGAUAUCUGUGGUAAAUCAUUUUCUGUAAAUAGCACUUUAACUAAACACAAGCGUAUUCAUACAGGUGAGAAGCCAUAUCAAUGUAUUAUCUGCGGUAAAUCAUUUUCUGAAAAUGGAGCUUUAACUCGUCACAAACGUAUUCAUACUGGGGAAAAACCAUAUCAGUGUGAUAUCUGUGACAAAUCAUUUUCCGAAAGUAGCAGUGUAACUAGUCACAAGCGUAUUCAUACUGGGGAAAAACCAUAUCACUGUGAUACAUGUGGCAAGUCAUUCUCUAAAUGUAGUGUCUUAACUAAACACCAGCGUAUUCACACAGGAGAGAAACCAUAUCAUUGUGAUAUCUGUGGUAAAUCAUUCUCUUGUAGUAGCCACCUGUCUAAACAUAAACGUAUUCAUACAGGAGAGAAACCACAUCAUUGUGAUAUCGGUUAUAAAUCAUUUUCUGAAAAGAGUUAUUUAACCAGUCACAAACGUAUUCAUACUGGAGAGAAGCCAUAUCAUUGUGACAUCUGUGGUAAUUCAUUCACUGAAGAAAGAAUCUUAGCUAAACACAAGUGCAUUGAUAUAGGAGAGAAAUCACAUCACUGUGAUGUCUGUGGAAGAUCAUUCUCUCGAAGAGGUUCUUUGACUUGUCACAAACGUAUUCAUACUGGGGAAAAGCCAUGUCUUACAGGAGAGAAGCCAUUUUAUUGUAAUAUCUGUGGUAAAUGUUUCUCUCGAAAAGAUACUUUAACUAAACACAAAGCUACACAUACAGGAGAAAAACCAUAUCAGUGUGAUAUCUGUGGUAAAUCCUUUUCUCAUUGUGGUAACUUGACAACGCACAAACGUAUUCAUACAGGAGAGAAACCAUAUCAGUGUAAUAUCUGUGGUAAAUCAUUUCCCCAACAUUGUCAAUUGACUAAUCACAUACGUAUUCAUACUGGGGAAAAACCAUACGUGUGUGAUAUCUGUGGUAAAUCAUUUUCUGUAAGUGGAACUUUAACUCGUCACAAACGUAUUCAUACAGGAGAAAAACCAUAUCAGUGCGAUAUCUGUGGUAAAUCGUUUUCUCAAAGUGGUGACUUGCCUAAACAUAAACGUACUCAUACCGGAGAGAAGCCAUAUCAUUGUAAUAUCUGUGGUAAAUCAUUUUCUGGAAGUAGUGACUUGAUUAUACACAUACGUAUUCAUACAGGAGAGAAGCCAUAUCAUUGUGAUAUCUGUGGUAAAUCAUUUUCUGGAAGUAGUGACUUGAUUAAACACAAACGUAUUCAUACAGGAGAUAUUAAACACAAACGUAGUCAUACAGGUGAGAAGCCGAAUCAUUGUAAUAUCUGUGGUAAAUCAUUCUCUUCAAAUAGCUAUUUGAUUAGUCACACGCGUAUUCAUACUCAAGAAAACCCAUAUCAGUGUGAUAUUUGUGGUAAAUCAUUUUCUCACAACAAGACUUUAGAUAAUCACAGACGUAUUCAUACAGGAGAGAAGCCAUAUCUUUGUAAUAUCUGUGGUAAAUCGUUUUCUCAAAAUAGCAGUUUAACUAAUCACAGACGUAUUCAUACAGGUGAAAAACCAUAUCAUUGUGAUAUCUGUGGUGAGUCAUUCUUUCAAAAAGGCCACUUAAGUACACAUGUGAACAUUCAUACACAAGUGUAACAGUAUCUGUAUCAUGAUUUAUUACAA